GGAGCUGAAGGGGGCGCGGCUUGCUCCGGGUCCCUCCCGGGCGCCGGGCCUCCUUCUCCGCCCGGCCCAAGGCUACCGGCCGACGGGGGUCGCGGCUGCGGCGGCGGCUGCGGCGGCGGCGCUGGCGGGCCGCGGGCGGCGGGGCACUAGCUCCGGCUCCGAGUGUUAGGAGACAAGAUGGCGGCGGCGCCUUGGAAGCCGGUCCCCUCCUCUUCUCCGCUCUCCUCCGCCCCGCCGCUCGCCGCCGCCUCCUCGGUCUCCUCCUCCUCGUUCGCUGCCUCCUCCUCCUGCUGCAGCAGCCCUAGCGACCGCCGAAGCGCCGGCCCGCUCUCCCGGAGCUCCGGAGGGGGAUAGACGGGGCAGCUGCGGGCUCCGGCGACCGCGGCAGAGCUGGGGCCGGGGCGAGGACGGCGGCGGCGGCGGCGGCGGCGGCGCCGGGUGGGGAUGGGGUCGCAGACGCUGCAGAUCCUCCGGCAGGGGGUGUGGGCCGCGCUCAGCGGGGGCUGGUACUACGACCCGCACCAGGCCACCUUCGUGAACGCACUGCACCUCUACCUGUGGCUCUUUCUGCUCGGCCUGCCCUUCACCCUCUACAUGGCCCUCCCUUCUUCCAUGAUUAUAGUAGCAGUUUAUUGUCCAGUGAUAGCUGCUGUUUUCAUUGUUCUGAAAAUGAUCAACUAUCGACUCCACAGAGCACUUGAUGCUGGAGAAGUUGUAGAUAGGAACGCAAAUGAGUUCACAGAUCAGCGAGCCAAAGCUGAGCAAGGCAACUGUUCAACUAGGAGAAAAGACAGCAACGGACCGAGUGAUCCUGGUGGGGGGAUUGAAAUGUCUGAGUUCAUUCGAGAGGCCACACCGCCAGUUGGUUGCAGUUCAAGAAAUUCUUAUGCUGGCCUAGAUCCAAACAACCAGAUUGGAUCUGGUUCCUCUCGUCUUGGAACAGCUGCAACUAUUAAAGGCGAUACAGACACUGCUAAGACUUCUGACGAUAUCAGCUUAAGCCUGGGCCAGAGCUCUAGUCUUUGUAAGGAAGGAAGUGAAGAACAAGAUUUGGCAGCUGAUCGGAAGCUCUUCCGUCUGGUCUCCAAUGAUUCCUUCAUCUCCAUUCAGCCUUCCUUAUCCUCUUGUGGACAGGACUUACCACGGGAUUGCAAUGACAAAGUGAGCCAGACAAGUCACAGCCAUCACCACCAUGUCGAUCAAUCUCUGUCCAGCGCCUGUGACACAGAAGUAGCUUCUCUUGUUCCUUUACAUUCACAUUCUUACAGGAAAGAUCACCGGCCGCGCGGUGUACCACGGACUUCUAGCUCUGCUGUGGCUUUUCCAGAUACUUCCCUGAAUGACUUCCCGCUGUAUCAGCAAAGACGUGGGUUAGAUCCAGUUAGUGAGUUAGAAUCUUCCAAGCCUCAUUCUGGAUCCAAAGAAUCAUUGGUGGAAAAUUCUUGUUUAUCUGGGGAAUUCCAGCUUGUUGGUGAGCUGAAAAACAGUCAUUCUCAGCCACCUACAAAAAGUGGGAAGAGCAAACCUUUGAAAGCGGAGAAAAGCAUGGACAGCUUGAGGAGCCUAAGCACACGGAGUAGUGGGUCAACAGAGAGUUACUGCAGUGGAACGGACCGUGAUACAAACAGCACUGUCAGCAGCUAUAAGAGUGAACAGACCAGCUCAACUCACAUAGAGAGCAUCUUGUCAGAGCAUGAGGAGUCUCCUAAAGCAGGAAAGAAAAGCGGUAGGAAAAAAGAGGGCUGUGCUGACCCAGAGGACAAGAGUAGCUGUACCAGUGACAAAAGGACUAGUAGUGAAAAGACUGCUUUGGAAGUGAGUACAAAUAGUGGGGUUCAAGAUGCUAAGGAUUCCAAUACCUCCAAUGACACGCACAAUCAGAGAGGUCUCAGCACCUCUGCAUCUGAAGAAGCCAAUAAAAAUCCCCAUGCAAAUGAAUUUACUUCGCAGGGGGACGGAUCACUUGGGCAAACUGCUGAAAACAAAGAGGAGCAGAGUGAUAAGCCCGCUGUUUCCGUGGACUCAGAAGUUGGGAAAGACAUUGGUGGGAAGCAAAAGGAAGGGGACGUUCGACCCAAAUCCUCUAGCUUAAUCCACCGGACAGCCUCUGCCCAUAAGUCAGGCAGGAGGCGGACAGGGAAAAAACGGGCCAGCAGUUUUGAUUCAAGUCGGCAUAGGGACUAUGUUUCCUUCCGAGGUGUUUCAGGUACCAAGCCCCACAGUGCUAUAUUCUGUCAUGAUGAGGACUCUAGUGACCAAAGCGACUUGAGCAGAGCAUCGAGUGUUCAAUCUGCUCACCACUUCAGCAGCGAUAGCUCUUCUAGCACCACUUCGCAUUCGUGUCAGUCUCCUGAGGGCCGAUACAGUGCUCUAAAGACCAAACAUGUCCCUAAAGAGAGGGGUACUGACUCUGGGCACACACACAAAUCUCAUUUGGGUCCUGAAGGAACUGGCAAAAAGCGGGCAACACGUCGGACUUCCAGCACAAAUAGUGCCAAGACUCGAGCCCGAGUCCUGAGCUUGGACAGUGGCACAGUAGCAUGUUUGAAUGACUCCAACAGGCUCACGGCACCUGAAAGUAUAAAACCCUUAACCACUUCAAAAUCAGAUCUCGAGGCCAAAGAGGGAGAGGUGCUAGAUGAGCUGUCUUUAUUGGGACGGGCUUCCCAGCUAGAGACGGUCACUCGAUCUAGGAAUAGCUUGCCAAGCCAGGUUGCAUUUCCUGAAGGUGAAGAAGAACAAGAUGCAGCCAGUGGAGGUAAGUUCUCUUCUACGCUUUAUGAGACUGGUGGCUGUGAUAUGUCACUUGUGAAUUUUGAACCAGCAGCAAGAAGAGCAUCUAAUAUCUGUGACACGGAUUCUCAUGUAUCCAGUUCUACCUCAGUUCGAUUUUAUCCACAUGAUGUGAUUCGAUUGAACAGACUAUUGACCAUCGAUACAGAUUUGUUGGAGCAACAAGACAUUGAUCUGAGCCCAGAUCUGGCAGCUACUUACGGGCCAACAGAAGAAGCUGCCCAAAAGGUUAAACACUAUUAUCGCUUUUGGAUCCUGCCCCAGCUGUGGAUUGGCAUUAACUUUGACAGACUCACACUUUUGGCCCUCUUUGAUAGAAAUCGUGAGAUCCUGGAAAAUGUGUUAGCUGUCAUCCUGGCUAUUCUUGUUGCAUUUUUGGGGUCUAUUCUUCUCAUACAAGGCUUCUUCAGAGAUAUCUGGGUGUUCCAGUUCUGCCUGGUUAUAGCCAGCUGUCAAUACUCACUGCUUAAGAGUGUUCAACCAGAUUCUUCUUCUCCCAGACAUGGUCAUAAUCGUAUCAUUGCCUACAGUAGACCAGUUUAUUUCUGUUUGUGUUGUGGUCUUAUUUGGCUCUUGGAUUAUGGUAGCAGAAACCUUACUACAACCAAGUUCAGAUUAUAUGGAAUAACUUUCACCAAUCCACUGGUGCUUGUAUCAGCCAGGGAUUUAGUCAUAGUGUUUACCCUCUGUUUCCCAAUAGUAUUUUUCGUUGGCCUUCUGCCUCAGGUGAAUACAUUUGUAAUGUACCUUUGUGAACAAUUGGAUAUUCAUAUCUUUGGUGGCAAUGCCACCACAAGCUUGCUUGCAGCACUCUACAGUUUUAUCUGUAGCAUUGUAGCAGUAGCCUUACUGUAUGGAUUGUGUUAUGGCGCUUUAAAGGAUUCUUGGGAUGGCCAGCAUAUUCCAGUACUUUUCUCCAUUUUUUGUGGUUUGUUAGUGGCAGUGUCCUAUCAUCUCAGUCGCCAAAGCAGUGAUCCAUCUGUACUUUUCUCUUUGGUGCAAUCUAAGAUUUUUCCAAAAACAGAAGAGAAAAAUCCAGAGGACCCUCUUUCUGAAGUAAAAGAUCCACUGCCUGAAAAACUUAGAAAUUCUGUUAGUGAACGUUUACAGUCUGACCUAGUAGUAUGCAUUGUAAUUGGGGUGCUGUAUUUUGCUAUUCAUGUAAGCACAGUGUUCACAGUAUUGCAGCCUGCUCUCAAGUAUGUGUUGUAUGCGUUGGUCGGCUUCGUAGGUUUUGUAACCCAUUAUGUGCUGCCUCAAGUUAGAAAACAGUUACCGUGGCACUGUUUCUCUCACCCUUUGCUGAAGACAGUGGAGUAUAAUCAGUAUGAAGUUCGCAAUGCAGCCACUAUGAUGUGGUUUGAGAAACUUCAUGUGUGGCUUCUUUUUGUGGAGAAGAAUAUCAUCUAUCCAUUGAUUGUUCUCAAUGAACUGAGUAGCAGCGCAGAGACAAUUGCGAGUCCAAAAAAGCUGGACACCGAACUAGGUGCUUUAAUGAUCACCAUUGCUGGUCUGAAGUUGCUACGAUCCUCUUUUAGCAGCCCUACGUAUCAGUAUGUCACAGUCGUCUUCACUGUGCUGUUUUUCAAAAUUGACUAUGAAGCUUUUUCAGAGACCAUGCUGUUGGACCUCUUCUUCAUGUCCAUCCUCUUCAACAAGGUAACAGCUGAAGCAUAUGAGCAGCUACAAAACACAAUGAAAGCCCAAUUUUAGGAAAGUUAGCCUGGUCAGCCACAUUUGGGAUGAAUUGGGGAAGAGAGAACCUAAAGGUAUGGAGAACAGCUUAAGAGUUUGUGACAGUAAUUUAGAUGUGAUAGAGAUCUGACCUAGGAUGGGAACAGC